AUGGUAACUAAAUUUGCUAAAAACAGAGUCAAACUUAUAAAGGCAACAGAUGAAAGAAUAAAUGAAGAAAAAAGAAAGAAAAAUGAGAAAAAGGAUGAUGGUAAAACAAUUAAAUUGGUAGAAGCUCCAACAGUAUCAAGUGCCAUGUUUUUAAGAUAUAACACUCAACUUGGACCACCAUUUCAUGUUAUUAUUGAUACUAAUUUUAUCAAUUUUUCGGUAAAAAAUAAAAUAGAAUUAAUGAAAGGCUUAAUGGAUUGUUUAUAUGCUAAAACUAUACCAUAUGUCACAGAUUGUGUUUUUGGGGAAUUAGAAAAAAAUGGAAAUCGUUUUAAAGUUGCUUUAAAAAUUUUAAAAGAUUCUAGAGUAAAAAGAUUAAAAUGUACACAUAAAGGUAUAUAUGCCGAUGAUUGUAUUGUAGAUAGGAUAAAGCAACAUAAAUGUUAUAUUGUUGCUACAUGUGAUAAAGAUUUAAAAAAUAGAAUACGAAAAAUUCCUGGUGUACCUAUUAUGUAUAUUGCAAAUUAUCGUUAUACUAUCGAAAGGAUGCCUGAUGCUUUCGGAGCCAAAACAUAA